ACAUUACGUUGCGGUAAAUGAUAAGAGAAAGAAACGUCAUCGUAAAUCGCUCCGCUUUGCGCACGAGAUUCUGUUUACGUUUCUGUGCAAUACUCACGCAAUAUUAAAUAUUAAUCUUAAGUCACUCGUUGCAUCCCUCGCCGAAUAAAGAAAGCUGUUUUAAAGAAAAAUGUUUCUGCAAAAAAUUUCUUCAACUUUACCGAAGUCCACGAACGCCUUAUGGAAUGCUGCUCCAAAGCGCUUGUCUUCCCAUUUUAUCUACACUCCCGACGAAAAAGCGCCCAUCGCAGGACCAAAAGUAAAGAUGAACAUGUUUCAGGCUAUCAACAAUGCCCUGGAUCUAUCACUGCAAAAUGACGAAUCAGCUGUUUUAUUCGGUGAGGAUGUAGCUUUCGGCGGAGUGUUUCGAUGUUCAAUGAAUCUUCAGAAAAAAUUUGGCAAGGACAGAGUCUUUAACACUCCGUUAUGUGAACAGGGUAUUGCUGGAUUCGGAAUCGGAGUCGCCAACACUGGUGCUACUGCCAUUGCGGAAAUACAAUUCGCGGAUUAUAUAUUCCCAGCCUUUGAUCAGAUCAUAAAUGAAGCAGCAAAGUGCCGGUAUAGAAGUGGUAAUUUAUUCGAUUGCGGAUCACUAACUAUACGUGCACCGUCUGGAGCUGUGGGUCACGGUGCCCUGUAUCAUUCCCAAAGUCCUGAAGCAUUCUUUGCGCAUGUUCCCGGACUUAAAGUGGUUGUGCCACGCGGUCCGAAUAAGGCAAAAGGAUUGCUUUUGGCCUGUAUCAAAGACAAAGAUCCCUGCAUUGUUUUCGAGCCGAAGACACUGUACCGUGCGGCUGUUGAAGAAGUUCCAGAAGCCGCAUUCGAAAGUCCUAUUGGCAAAGCUGAUAUUUUACGAUCCGGUAGUGAUGUCACACUAAUUGCAUGGGGUACGCAGGUGCAUGUUAUGAAAGAAGUGGCCGAUCUUGCUAAAGAAAAAUUCAAAGUGAACUGUGAGGUCAUCGACCUGGUGUCCAUUUUACCGUGGGACAAAGAAACCGUUUGCAAUUCGGUUAAAAAAUGUGGACGAGUAGUUAUUGCACACGAAGCACCGCUGACUAGUGGCUUCGGGGCCGAGCUUGCAGCUACGAUUCAGGAAGAGUGUUUCCUUCAUUUAGAAGCACCCGUUCAACGUGUGGCUGGUUGGGAUACACCAUUUCCGCAUGUAUUUGAACCGUUUUACCUUCCUGACAAACAUCGGUGCUUGGCAGCUAUUAAAAAAGUGAUCGACUAUUGAUACGUCAAUUGGAAUUUAUAUUAUAGAAAACAUUCCAUGAAAGCAUUUGAUGUGCUUCGGUUUUGAAAUUAUUGACAAAAGUACCUACAAUCUGCAUUUAUUUUGAAUUUUCAUUUUUUGUUAAUUAAAACCAAUUUUAUGCCAAUUCUCGAAGAAAAAAGCAUGUAAAACAAAA